CGGGGCUCUUUCCUGGGGCGCCUUCUCUGGGCUCUGCGCCGGGGAUUUUUCCCGAGGCUCUUUGCCAGGGCUCUCGGAGGGCUCGGCGGCGGCCGCGGGCGCUGCGAGGCGUUAGCGAGACACCUCCGCCAUGUCGGGGGGAGGCACCGCCGACUGCGGGCUGCAGCCGUUUCAGGAUGAGCUACAGGAAGCAAUUUCUGAUUAUGCAACAAGAAAGGAAAAAGUUGAAUAUUCCGACGAUUUUGAAAGUGAUGAAGAUGGCAUGUUAAAUGAUAUUGGGAAAGAAGUUGCUGAAAGUAAUUCAGAUUCUGCAAGCACUGAGAGAUCUGUUGCUGGAAGUCCUCUCUUGAAUGAUGAUGCUUCAGAAAAAGCGGUAGAUUUGGAAAAUGAAGCUGCUGAUGACUUGAAUUUAUCCUUUCAUGAAAAGAGGCUUCAGCAGAUAAUGGUUUUAGAAGGUGAAAGCAUACAGAAUGACCGAAAACAUGAUGAAGAAGGAUGUGUGGAAGAUCAAAAUGAGGAUAAUGACAGAAAAAAUAAUGAAGUACUGCAUGAUAAUAGUGAAAGUAAUGACUUGCCUAUUAAUGAGCUACAUAAAAAGAGAAAUCAAGAGGAAAACCAACUAAAAGCAAAGCCUCGGAUGCACAAAAAAGGAAAUGGUUCAGCAUCAGAUCAAGAUCAGAAGAAGACUGCCAGCACCAGUGAGUUGAAACUGGAGGACAAUGGUAGGCAAUCCCCUUCUGUUGACAGUUCAGAUGGAAUGAUGAAAAUAACAGAAGGGCAAAUAAUAACUGAUACAAUCCAGGAGGUAUCAGUGAAUGAUCAGUCUGAGCGUGGAGAGGCGAAGAACACAUCCAAGAGCUCUGUCAAGAAACUAAGUGAAACAAAGGAGAGAGUUCUACAAAACCCAAAGGCUUCUUUACCUGACAGGUCUACAACUUUUGCACAUUUAAAGAGAAAAGGGAAAGCUGUUCCAUCAACUUCACCUGUUUCAUCUCAGUAUCUGGGAUCAUUAAAGGUGUUGGAGGAAAAACGCAUGCAGAUGAAAAGUCCAGAAUUCAACAAAGUAGAUAAUUUAAGGGCAGCUGUUUAUCAGAACUGGCUGGAAAAGAAAAAUCUCCUUCUACUGGAAUUAAAGAGAAGUGAAAAGGAGAAAGCUGAAACUCUUAGGAACAAUACUGAAAAGAAAGAGGCACUUAAAAGAGAAGAAUCAAUUGCAUGUUAUGAAGCCUGGAAAAAAAAGAAAGAGCAAGAAGCAAAGAAGUUAAGCGAAAAAAAAAAGCUUGCGGAACUUGAGGAAAAGAAACCAGAACAGACUAAGGAAAAAACAGAAGCAGCACAAGCGGCAUUCAAAAAAUGGCAAGAAAGAAAAGUGGAAUAUUUAAGAGAGCAAAGCAGGAAGGAAAAACAGUCUGAAAGAAUGAGGAAGAAGAUAGAAGAGGACCUAGUUGCAGAGAAGAGGAAAGUCAGUGUAUCAGCGGUUGAAAAAUGGAAUAAAAAGAAGGAAGAAUAUAUAAAAAAGAAGAAAGUAGAAAAAUUCCUAGAGAAAAGAAAGCGAGCAAUGCAACAGGCAAAGAAGGAAGAAAAAAGAGAAAAGGCUGUGGAGGAAUAUGAAAGAUGGCUGGAAAACAAAAUGAGGAGAGAACAACUUGAGAAGAACCGAAAGAAGUUGCAGGCUGUCCAUGGGAAUGAAAUGAGUCCUCCCUGGAGGCCACCUGGGAAAGUCACAUAUUCUAGCUAGAAGGUUUUGACAGAAGAUGGAAGUGAGAAGAUGUUGGUGACAUCUUUCAGAGGAGUGAGCGUCUUUCAGAGCUUGUGAGGAGUAGCUCACAAAUUCACAACUUCUCGAUUAGAAAAGUUACUGAAGUCUGUAGACAAGGGAAAAGAGUUGAUGUAUUUGACUUUUAUAAUAAAAUUUAUUAAUGUUACAUUAAUUAAUUUAUGUAAUUUACAUUACAUUGUAAAAAUCUGGACAUG